UGACUGACACGGUGGACACAGUUUGCGUUUUGACGAAAAGAACCCGGAAUGAGACAUCUCCAUGUUUAUGCAUGUUUUGUUUUUUUUGUUUUUACCGCUCAAACAUUUUAUUUCAUUAUUUUUCUCGCCUAGAAGGACGCGUGUUUUGGUGUGAAAUCGCGUCUCCGCGUUAAAUCACUGUGAAGACUGAAAAAAAAAAAAACAGGGACUCCUCGCAGCCAGGAUAUCGCCACUCUGUAAGUCAGCCCUCUUUUUAAUUCCUGCUUCCGUGGUCCUCUGCGUUCAGACCACAAACACAGCGAUGCCAGAGACAACGCAAGAGACGUGCGCUUCGGCCAAGGACUCUCCUUUCUUCAUUAAGAACCUGCUGAACUGUGAUAGCAAACCCACCAAACCCAAACCGGUACUGGCUGCCACCAAGGCGGCCUUGGAGGGAGGAUUUUCCCUUUCGCAGGUCGGGGACUUCAACUUUCCACGGUUUGACCUGCCCGCACAGAGGUUCAGUCUACCGGCUCACUACUUAGAGCGCACCUCGGCGUGGUGGUACCCCUACACCCUCAGCUCAUCCGCCCACCUACACAGAAGUCAAGUCACCGAAAAAUUAGGAGCCAGAGACUCCUCUCCAACCUCGGGCACGGACAGAGACUCGCCGGACCUGGUUCUUAAAUCCGAGCCGGACGUCAAAGACGACGACGAGGAUGAUGAGCACAACAACAACAAAAGUGGCGACGAGAUCAUCCUGGAGGAGAGCGACACGGAAGAAGCCAAAAAAGACGAGCUGGAGGAGUGGAAGAAGAGGGACGACGACAAGAAGCCGUGCCGCAAGAAGAAGACGCGCACGGUUUUCUCCCGGAGCCAGGUGUUCCAGCUAGAGUCCACCUUCGACAUGAAGCGCUACCUGAGCAGCUCGGAGCGGGCCGGCCUGGCCGCGUCCCUCCACCUGACGGAGACUCAGGUGAAGAUCUGGUUCCAGAACCGGAGGAACAAGUGGAAAAGGCAGCUGGCCGCGGAGCUGGAGGCCGCCAACCUGAGCCACGCUGCGGCGCAGAGGAUAGUCCGGGUGCCCAUCCUCUACCACGAGAACUCGGCCACGGAGAGCGGAGGCGCCGGUGCCAACGUGCCCGUGAGCCAGCCGCUGCUCACCUUCCCGCACCCGGGCGUCUACUACUCCCAUCCCAUCGUCACAUCUGUGCCGCUGCUCAGACCGGUUUGAAAACUUCUGCGGCACAAGUUGGUGUCGGUUUUAAAAAUAAUCCGAAAAAAAAAGACUUAAUAUUUUUGUACCAUUGACUGAAUGAAGAAAAAAGAAAAGAGACAAACUGUCAGGCCUACAUGGACCUAUUUUGGCAAACAUAUUGUCAUUUUCCAUAAGGGUGCCGUUUACACGUGAUCCGACAAUUAAAAUCCAUUAUUAUUAUUAUUAUUAUUAUUAUUAUUAUUAUUAUUUAUUAUUAUAUGUAAUCACCACCUCAGGAUUCCACUUGCUUACACUGCCUGUCGAGUGUCUUUUAUUUCCCCCCUAUGACUGUUUCUGAAAUAGGUCAACUCUACAACAGUACCAUUUAGAUAUAUUUUUUAUUUGUUUACAAAAAAUGGUGGCUUAGAGGCGCGGGCCUGCUUAUCAUUUAACGCAGUUAUUUGGUUUUAUUUACAUUUCCAGAGCUGAUUUCACGAUGAUGUGCAAUACACUGACGGUUUGCUUUGAAUGAGUGUCAUCUUCACGGUGGAAUAUUGAUGAGGCUUUGUCGUAAUUU